CGCUUUAGUCGCAACAGGUGUUUGCAGUGAAACGAAUACCACUAUAUUGUACUCAUCUACGGAAACCGAGUACCCGAGUAGUACUGCAGACUUGAGGGGAAAAACUUGUUAAUAAAAUGCAUUAGAAAGUUACCGUUCAACUGACGUUUGGAAUUUUUUUGGACCAGUCGAUGAUUUUUGAACUAUUCUGUCGUUUGGUGCGGUAGACUGUUUUUUUAUAGUUUGUUUUAAGUGAAUUUAAAGAUUCUUUCGCUGUUCUAUUUGGAACAAUUGGAAUAGACCAAGACAUUUUUUAAUUAUUUGACUUGUGGUUACGUUUACUAACGUUUUCAUGGAUUAUUUUUUACACCAAUAGAUUUUUAGAUAAUGAGAUCCCACAAUGACAAUCUUACUUCUAAGAGAAGGCUCAAAUACAUCCCUAUCUGCUCUGGUGGAGAAAUCUCAAAAACAGUCCUCGCCAUUGCUAUAUUAUGAUCUGCAGCUGAGCAACAGCCAUCUAGAUCUAGUGUUACUAUCUAAGCUAGAUCAAAAGAAGACCAACUUACCUUCUGCAGAUGAAGGAUUCGAGUCCGACAUCGACAGCCUGUCGAUCUUAUCGAGCGACAACGAUAGUUACACCACAGAAAAACUAACAGUUACUGAUAAUAAACCUACUACUGAGACUGACUCUGCCAAUGGUUCGUCAAGCAGCGAUUCCGACACCGAAACCACCAACACUGAAAACGUAGCACCACCGGAAAACAAGACAUUUCAUCAGAAAGUUAUAGUCGCGAAAGAAAGUUUUCAUCUAGUCGAUUGUGUAUGUUAUACUGACGAUAAAUGUUCCGAUAUAUUGAUAUUUGUCAUCAAAAACGAAGCACUAGUGUUUAAGUUCGAAAGCAUCACCGACCUUAAGAGCUUCUAUAGCAACUUUACCACUUUAAAAGCUAUAGCCAAUCAAAAAGCGUACGGAAAAAAUAUUGCCACUAGAUUUAAUUUACUACAAACCACUGACCACAACGGUAUUACCCAUAUAAAGGUAACAAGGGAAGCAGAUACCAGACCAAUCAGGGAAGAUGGUCCUACGAGCAUCAUAACCAUAACCACGCCAGAGUUAACCGAAAGUACUCACAGCCCAUCUAGACCUAUGCCCAAAGAUGUCAAUUUGCGACAGAGGGUGGAAAGCCAACUCAUUAAAGACUUUAAAUAUAACACCAUAAACUCGAAAUUUGAUCCAAGAGAAAAGGUAAUCAAGAAAUCAAACUCUAUAGAAAAUAUUUUGCACUUAGACGAAAGCAAGUCGAAUCUAGUCAAUGAAGAAACACAUUUGAAGAAAAUUUGGAACAGCGCAGAAGAUCUACUGGAUGAGCCGAAACGACCUCAGAGGCGAAAAAAAGGUCGCGCUCCACCACCCCCUAUACCACAAGAGAAGAAUAAUAUUCUAAGUGGUCAAUUCGUAAAAGUUAAUGUGAACUUCAACCUUGGAAAUUCUUUAGAUAAGAACCAUUUGCUCAUUAAAAGUUCCUUAGACGAACCGCAUCCUAAGAAGCUAGAAAGCUUCAACCUUCUUAGUAAAUCGAGUUUGUCGCUUAUUCGAAGGCCUAAAGAGCGGCAAAUAAUAAAAUUCAACCCUAAAAAGUUAGACACGACAUUAAAUAAACAUAAGGAAAGCUGGACCAACUCGAUGCCUAAAUUACUAAAAAAAUCGAACAGCAAAACAGACUCGAAGUAUUUCAUACCAAUGGCCUAUAGAUAUAUAGAUACAACGCAAGAUUACCCUAUCUCUUACAGUAACAACCCCGUAGAAAAAGGCGAGGCUUACUUUUCUACUCAUAGUCAAAAUAUAUCUCUGUCUAAUUACCUCAGAGGUGAAAACUCUGUGCAGAGCAUUAAUAAUAGACUCUUCGGACUGAGCUCCAAACUAAAAGACUUCUCUGAAGAAGUAGAGGAUAAGUUAGAUGAUAGUAAAUGGGCGAGUAGUGAUAAAAAUAUACAUAGGGAUAAUAAUCUGAAGAGUGUUAUCAAGAGUACUAAGGAGGAGAGCAAAAAGAAGAAUAAUAAGAAAGUGACUUUUAGCGCCUACACUACGGUACAAGUUGUCUAAUUUUAUAGUUUUAUGCAAUAGAUUUGAGUAACGGAUACUCCAUAGAUAUAUCGUCUGUAGAAAGCUUGACCGAGACGUGCAUAUUAGUACAGUUACAAAUAUUUCAUUAUAAAAAAUAUACAAAUAGUCCAAGGAAGUAAUAUUUUUCUCAAGACUUUGAAUAAUUUAGGUAUCUGACAACUUUUUUAGUUUUUGUAGACCUAUAGAGAGAAAACCUACUUAUUUCCUGCUAAUAGUUCGGAGCUUUUUUAAUCAUAUUAACAAUUUAGUGCAAAACGCGAAUUUUUCGAUUUUUUCACCCCAUUAAAAGUGCUUAGUUGACAUAAAAUUAAAAAAAUUGAUUUUUUAGAACAUUGGAAAAGCUUCAAAAUGGCGAUUUUUGAAAGCUAACAGUAAAUUUGUUGCUUCGCCAACUGAAAAAUAAAACAGAAUCCUUAUUUGUUGAUAACUGUUAUUAAUAUUAACCUAAAACUUUGGUAUUUCACCCAAAGGUUGGGUAUUGGGGUAGAGAAAUCCAAAAUACUGUAAGAAACUUUAAAUACAGUAAAAUAUAGUAUUUUGAAGCUCAUUAACAUUUUUAAAUGCUUGAAUUUUUAGUUCCCCCUUAACAUGAUCCAACUAAUUUUCAUUUCAGUCUCAUUUUUAGCAGUCACGGAAAAUGCUGUCUAAGUUUAGUCUAAUCUCUACUUUUUACAUAAUCGUUCUAGAAUAACUUUGUAUUAUGUUUAAAGUCGUGUGUAAUUAUCAGCUUUUUAUCAACUUACAAAAAAAUAUGAUUUUUUAACCAAAAGUCCAUUUUAAAUACCAAAAUUCUAGGUUAAUUUUAGUAAUAGUUAAGUAUUCUCUAUGGGAAAUAAGCCACAAUUUUACUAAAAAAUGAAUUUAUUAACGUUUCGAAGCCCAAAUCGGGUUUCGUUGUCAAAAUACAAAAUACUAUUAAAAUAAACAAAAAUGUUGUUGCUAAGUAAAAAAAAUUCUAAUAAUUUAUUUAAUCUGACUCAUUUAUAUUGGCAAUUCAGACGUAUAUUAUACAUUGUAAAGUAGAAGACUUUAAAGUGAUAUCGCCAAUAAUUAUGAGUUGCGUUCCUGGGACGACUUUACUAAAAUAUAGUUCAUUCGAUUACAUGAAAUCAAUCCCAACUCAAGAAUAUCCGUCGCAAAAAAAAAUGAUUUACUAUGGAAUCUCUAACGCGAGAAUUUUACUGUCAUCGUUGCAUUUGGUUGUCUUUUUAAAGACAGAUCACAUGCCAUGAUUUUUUUGGGACGGAUAUUCUUAAGUUGGGAUUGAUUUCAUGUAAUCGAAUGAACUAUCUUUUAGUAAAGUCGUCCCAGGAACGCAACUCAUAAAUAUUGGCGAUAUCAUUUUAAAGUCUUCUACUUUAAAAUGUAUAAUAUACGUCUGAAUUGCCAAUAUAAAUGAGUCAGAUUAAAUAAAUUAUUAGAAGAAUUUUUUUUUUACUUAGCAACAACAUUUUUGUUUAUUUUAAUAGUAUUUUGUAUUUUGACAACGAAACCAGAUUUGGGCUUCUAAACGUUAAUAAAUUCAUUUUUUAGUAAAAUUGUGGCUUAUUUCCCAUAGAAAAUACUUAAUUAUAAAAAUGCCACAAGGAAAUAGCUUCAGAACAACAUUAGUAAUAGUUAUUAACAAAAUAAAGAAAUAUGAAAAAAAAAUUUAAGAAACGCUUUUCUUUAGUUACGAGUGACUAAAAUUAAAAAUAUUAUAAAAAAAUAAAUAAAAAGCAAAAAAUAAAAAAAAAUUGAAAAAAUCUAGCACAUUCGUCAAAGAAAAGCGUGGCGCGUCUUCAUCGAAUAAACUGUUUUUGCCAUACGCUUUUCUUUAACGAAUGUGUUAGAUUUUUUCAAUUGUUUUUAUUUUUUGCUUUUUAGUUAUUUUUUUAUAAUAUUUUUAGUUUUAGUCACUCGUAACUAAGGAAAAGCGUUUCUUAAAAAAAUUUUUUUCAUAUUUUUUUAUUUUUUACUUUUUAGUCUUACACUUUUCAAACAUUAAAAUAUAUCGUCAUGUUUAUUAAAAUAUGUAUAAAACAUAUGAUGUACAAACAUAAAAAGUAGUCGGAAUCGGCAAAAAAUUUGGAAACGUUAUUGUUUAUUUAUGAAGCAUAACGUAAACAAUUAACGUAAAAAGUGAAAUUAUGUAUAGUUCAUAUAAUUAGCUACAAUCUGUAAAAGUUUCAAGUUUCUUCAUUGUAAAAAAACAAGAGAAUUUAUGCAUUUUCUGUUAAAAUCGUUUUUUUAUUUAAACAAUUAAUAAAUAUAAAAAAAAAUUAAUGACUAUUCGUAUAUAGUUCCCGCGAACGCAUAUGUCUGCAAAUUUUCAUUCAUUUGCAUUGAAGAAAAGGCAGUCAAAUUAACGUCUAAAGAUUUGACCCAAACGAUUGAACUAAAGAACAGCGUUUAAUUAAUACGCCAAAACGAAUUCUAAUGUUAAUUGUAGCACAAAACAUCUCUACCGGUGGUUUUUCUAAGACUACGAUAAAACACGAAUUUUUUUAAUUCGAGUUUUGGAUGGAGUUUUGUUUUGUAUCGUAUUGAAAGUUGACACGAAUAAGCGCCGAUUUUUAUAUAAACAAAUAUCUGAGCGUUCAAAAUUUGAAACUUUAUUGUUUAUUUAUGAAGUGAAAUUAUGUAUAGUUCAUAUCAUUAGCUACAAUCAGUAAAAGUUUCAAGUUUCUACAUUGUAAAAAACAAGAGAAUUUAAGCAUUUUACAUUAAAAUUGUUUUUUAUUAUUUAAACAAUUAAUAAACAAAAAUUUUUUUAUUGACUACCUAUUCGUGUAUUGUUUCCGCGAAUGCAUAUGUCUGCAAAUUUUCAUUCAUUUGCAUUGAAGAAAAAGCAGUCAAAUUAACGUUUAAAGACUUGACCCAAACGAUUGGACUAAUAAAGAAGAAGAAGACUAUAAAGAAAAGCGUUUAAUAACGAUUUUGCAGUAUUUUUUAGUUUGUGAAGCAACAAAUUGACUUUUUAACUUUCAAACAUCGUCAUUUUGAAGCUUUUUGAAUGUUCUAAAAAAUCAAAUUUUUUAAUUUUAUGUUAAUUAUAUUAUUAGUUAAUAAUAUAUUACAGUUUAAUAGGGUGCAAAAAAUCGAAAAAAAAAAAUCGCGAUUUUUGCACUAAAUUGUUGAUUAUUAAAACAGCUUCGAACUUGUUGCAGGAAACAGGUAGGUUUUCUUCCUAUAAGUUAACAAUAAUUAAAAAAUAUUCAAAGUUCCGAACAGUGUCUUUUUGCUUAUUUCCCUGGAGUAAAAGGUAAUUGAUCUAUUUUUCUGUUUCUAGUAUAUUAAAGAAUAAAAGGAACAAGUGCAUUAGCAGAAGAGAAUACUACAUUAUUUUAAAUUUUAAAUUGUAUCUAAAAUGAUAUUUGAUUACAGUUUCACUUUAGUGAUAGCUUGAUUGUUUCGAACUAAAGACAUUUGUUUGAAAUCGGUAAAAGCCUUCAACGGGCGAUAUAUUGGCGGAGUGAAGCGGCAUUUUAAUUGAAAAGUGGUACGUUAGUACUUGAAAGCAUGAUACUAUAAAUAACAAGAUAAUAUAUUGCACAUCCGGAAGUCGUGACGUAACUGGAGACCGACAAGUUCGUAAUCAUUCGUAGUGUCCGAUUACGUUGAAUUGUUCGCGGUUGUAUUUUAUAUUUUAUUUUUGACAGUUAUUUUGACUGGAAUCUCGACACUAAAUGUUUUUCGAAUACAUUGAAGUUUAAUGUUAUUUUGCUAAUUGAAUAAUUUCAUCACAUAACCCAUACAAAUCCCAUUUAACUUUAACAAGAAUUCAAAUUCAACUUCCGGUCUCCAGUUACGUUAUCAAUGCGCGAACUCGGACGUAUUUGCUCUACGGGAAAAUACUAUCUCUUUAUUUAUAGUAUCAUGCUUGAAAGUAACUAUUGCCGCGUUAUAUAAAGCGAAGAGUGGUAGCUAAAGUAGUACCAGCUGUCUAAGAGCCUCGUUAAUAUUCAGCUCAGCGGGGUGCUAUUAUUGGCGGUGUAAAAUUUCAUAAAUAAGGGAUCUACCUGUUUUAUAAAAUGAUUCCUUGUUUAUGUAAUUCCACACCUCCAAUAAUACCACCCCGCUGAGCUGAAUAUUAAUGAGUACCUUAGAUACCAGGUACAUGUAUAGGGCUUUUCAUUCACAGUGAUUUGUUUCGAGCUUCUGUCAUAUGUCGUAUAAUCCGUGUAUUAUAUUAUAUUAAUAUUAUACACAGAUUAUACAACAUAUGACAGAAGCUCGAAACAAAUGACAAUAGAUGAAAAGCUCUAUACUUGAGAGUAAUAAUGUCACUUUUUAAUCGUAAUAUACAGUUGAGUCCCCGAGUCUUUACCCGUGCGUCAUCAUUUAAAGCAUACAAAAUAAGUCGGACAUUUAGUAAACGCAACAGUAAGUGACAGAGAGUGGGAAUUAUUCCGAUCCCAGAUUAUACCUAGUAUAAAAUUUGACGUUAUCAAAUAAAUAGAAUGUUAAAUUUAAGUUUUGCCUUAAAAUUUUGGUGCAUAAUUACAGCUGCAUUUGAAGUAGCUUAAUAAAUUCUUUUAUUAUCAUUGAUUAAUAAAUAAAUAAACAAUUUAUAAAAAAUUCGAUAACAUAUUUUCUUUUUGUUAUUUUAUUCACUUUGGCGGAACAUUAAACACAAGCAUUCCUUAACUUUGUCAACAAUGAGGUUAUUUGUACGUUGUCAAAAUUUAUCGUAAAAUAACAUAACUAAUCAUAAAAUUUCUAACUCCAAUAUAAAAUUAGUUGUGUAAACAACUGUUUGUAAACUAUAAAAAAAUUGAAAAUGCAAAAAUUCGGCAAAAUAAAAUUCAACAACCUGACAGCCACAAAAGUAAACAAACCAAAACGUCAGAAAUUAUACUUAAAAAUAUGUGAAAACAUCCCCAAUCGUCUUUCUUUGUACCUAUCUCUUUUUAAUGCGCUGAGUCUAGAUUCAUAAAAAUAACAUGUGUUUUUACUUAAUAACAGGCGGCAGCUGGUUUGUCAUUAGUUUCAUGCGUGGAAGAGAAUGAUGCUAGAUAAAAAGUAUGUGUUUUAUCUCGUCAGGUAUUAAUGACGCACGGAUAAAGACUCGCGGCCUCAACUGUAUACAACAUUUUUUUGCAAUCACUAUUUUUAAAUCAUUAAAGCUAUUAUUCAAUGUCUUGCUUGAUAUUCUUCUUCUUGAUGUGCUUUUCCGUAAGGAAAUGUUGCAGAUCGUCGUGGCAAUCUUAUGAUUAUCUGUAGCAGCACGGUAAAGCUGCACAGAUGUAAUAUUAAACCAGGUUCUAAGGUUCUUUAAACAGGAUGUUGUGCUUUUUCCUGGACCUCGAUUUCAUAGGCUUUCCAUGGUUUGUGGUAAGCAAUAUCUGGAUUCAUUUCGCAUACUGUGUCUGAAGUACUCAUAUUGUCACUUUCGAGAUUUGGUGGUGGUCAGUAUAUUUCGGUUCCUCCCCAUUCGUCUGAGGACCUCCUUAUUUGUGACUCGGUCAGUCCAUGGGAUUUUAAGUAUUGUCCAAUAUAGCUACAUCUCAAAUGCUUACAAUUUUCUGUACAUAAUCUUCGUCCAAGGUCCACGAUUCAACACCAUAAAAAAGGACAAAGACUCAACCUCCGAUAUCUUCGUCGCCGAUAGGAUCGCGAGCACUUGCAUCUGAUAAUUCAUUGCCUUCGAUACCAAUGUGAGAAGAUAUCCACAAGAAGUUCACUGUUCUGCGAGCUUUCGGUUCCCCAAUAAUCUAUGGAGGCUUUUUUGCAUCUUUAAAGAGGGGGGGUCUAGAAUCUUCAAAAGACAUCUCAGUCCAGAACGCCGCCUGACUGACCUUAGUGAAGGGUUCAUUCUUCGUAGCCCCAGCGAUAGUUCCCGAGGUACUUUAAAACGCUCUCUCGUCGCCGAGGCUACGCCGAAUGCCUCCCUGCUAAACCAGACCCUCCUCUGUCAUCCAGCCCUCCGAAAGCGGAAUGGCCGCUGCAAGGUCGACAUCGCUUCCGAAGCACUUUACCUUCAUUUAUCCACAUACUGUAAGCAAUAAGGCUCUUCCUUUUCUCCGUUUCCCCCUUUUUUUUUGGUCCCAAAAUUGGGUUUUUAUUUGUAUGAUGAUUGUUUUUUUAGAGCUUCUUUACCACAGUCUGUCUCAUACAAUCUAACUCACCUAUUCGCCUCUCAUCAAAACUUAUUCCCUCUACCUUCUACUUACAAUAUAUUUCCCUCUCACCCCUAUCGUUGGUACAGCUGUUUUUCCUCCUCUUCUUUCUUCUUGAUCACUACACGGAUAUAGCUGUGACUAUCUACGAGUCCAACCCGAUUUAUUUUCAGUCAUUCUCUCAAUCAUGUCUCGCACUGUCACAAAAUUCACAUCUGCCUCUCUUUUCAUUCUGUUCCUUUCUACUAUCCAUCUGUUGCACUCUAGCAUCGUAUGUGUAAUGGUGUCCGGGUGUCUGCAAUAUAGACAUUCAUCAGUGUCAACCUUUUCAAACCUACAGAAGUAAGCUCUAAAACACCCGUGUCCUGUGAGCACCUGCGUCAGGAAAUAAUCCAGUCGCCUGUGACCACAGUCCAUCCAAUGUUUUAAGUUAGGGAGCAGCAUCUUUGUCCACUGUGCCACAUGCUCCGUGUUGUUCCAUUCCUCCUGCCAUCUUUCAAUUGACCUUUCUCUUUCCUGUCUUUUCUCGGCCAUAGUGAGCUCAAGGUCUCUUCUCUCAUAUAGUUCUUUUCUUUCUACUACCAACACAUGCAGCGGAAUAUGGAGGCUAGUAAUAUUUAAUUUAGGACAGUAAAUACGAAUUCUUUUAUAGUAGGAUUUUGGUGUGUGAGACCUAUUAUUAAAGUAGUUCAUGUAGUUGAAGGCAUCGUCAUACAAAUGUUUACUUGGAUCUGAGGCAAUAUUGAAGAUACAGAUUUACUCAAGUUGAGUGAGAUACCGUUAAAUACAUUCUUCGGUAAAAUAGGGGUGGAUCACCGGCUUCAUUCUGUAAGUUUUCGAUGGGAGUUGUUGAAUUCUAAUGCGAACAUUACGUACACAGUCUCAAGCAUUUUUUUUUGCUGUUGAAGCUUGGGCAUAUAUGCAGUUGACCCGUACUCUAUUUUGGACCUUAUUAAUGUUCGAUAGACUCUCAAUAGCGUUGUUUCAUCUGAUCCCCUAUUUCUAUUAGCCAGUGUUUUAAGAUUUUUAUUUUUACUUUAUUAUUAACAAGUUUCGAGCAUCUUGUAAAACUAAAUAUUGGAAUGCGUUUUCUGCGAAUAAGUGUCUAAACUAGUUUCAGUUAUCUUCCUAUUGUUUACUUACACGAUACUUCCGGUUAAGGUUAUAAUAACAGACGAAUCAUCGGAAAAUAACUCAGUUGUAUAAUAUUGCAUGCAAGUAAUUGAUAUUUAGGAAUUGUAUGCUAAAGUCCGGAACAUCGGAAUUUUUAUCUGUGUGUCAGUAGGUUGGUAAUCAUGUUUGAAGAAUUUUGCAUUUAUGUAUAAUUUGGACGGGUAAUUUGUGACUCAUUAUCAGUUCAAUCAUGAAUAUGAUCAGUCCAAUCUUCCUCUAGACGGAGAGCUAGAGUCGAAAAAUCAUCGUCAUAAGUUAUAUGGAGUUUUUCCUGUGAAAUGUGUCCAUUUUAUAUUGAAAAUUAUGACCCCUUUCAGGCUGACACCUCAGUGAAUACAGGAAGUAGCAAUAAGGGAUGAAAGGGGAAAGUUAGUGCAGUCAUUAAAGGUUUUCACCUCCUAUUUUGUUAAACCUCCAUUGAUUUGCACGAAAAUUGGUGACUAGUUAGAGCAUACCUUAAGAAAUAAAACUGAUUUGGUGCCAACUUGCACUUUUACCCUGGUGGUGAAUAUCACCCCUUCCCGCGGGUGAAAACAAUUUUAUUAAAAAUAACCCCACAAAUAGAUAGAGGGACAAAUUUUAAGUAAAAUUUGUUAUAUCAUGUUAUUCGAAUAAAUCAAUACUUUUUGAGUUAUUAAAGAUCAAAGAUUUGUCUAUUUAAGAGCACAUGCGUGAAGUUACGGAUGAUAAAAAGAACACAUUAAUUAAUUGUAUGUUAGUAAAAUAUUAUUUUUAUAUUAUUUCGAUAUUUUAUUGAAUUUUUUCUAUCAAUAUCAACUGAAUAUGUCCAGAGACUGGGGGUGUUCAAUAAUGGGUACAUUUGACAUAUUCGAAUACACGUUUGCUAAAUUUAUAAUAUCGAAAUAAUAUAAAAAUAAUAUUUUAGUAACCUACAAUUAAUUAAUAUGUUCUUUUUAUCAUCCGUAACUUCACGAAUGUGCUCUUAAACAGACAAAUGUUUGAUCUUUAAUAACUCAAAAAGUAUUGAUUUAUUUUUAUAACAUGAUGUAACAAAUUUUACUUAUAAUUUGUUACUCUAUCGAUUUGUGGGGUUAUUUUUAAUAAAAUAGUUUCCACCCCGAGAAGGGGUGGUAUCCACCCCCAGGGUAAAAGUGCAAGUUGGCACCAAAUCAUUUUUAAUUCUUGGGGAAUGCUCUAACUAGUCACCAUAUUCCAUGCAAAUCGAUGGAGGUUUACCAAAAUAGGAGGUGAGAACCUUUAAAGACUACACUAACUUUCCCUUUUCAUCCCUUAUUGCUACUUCCUGUAUCCACUGAGGUGUCAGCCUGAAAGGGAUCAUAAUUAUCAAUAUACAAUAGACACAUUUCACAUGCCACACUCCAUAUUACUUAUGACGAUGAUUUUUCGGCUCUAGCUCUUACUCUAAAUUGUAACUAGAUUGUACUUACGUUCAUUCCCAAAAGCACAUAUACAUACAGGGUCCACCAAAAGAAGCGCAAUGGUCGAAUAUUUCAAGAAAUUAACAUCUUAUUCUUCUUCUUCUUCUUCUUCUUCUUCUUCUUCCGGUAGUACUAGAAACCGGGUUCAUACAUGAUAGUUUUGGAUCAGUGGGUAGCCCCAUUGUUCUUAGAUCUGACUACAUAUUGUCUCUCCAUCGCAUUCGUGGGCGUCCUAAGGGCCUUCUUCCUGUGGAGGCUUCCUCCCAGAUUAAGUUGACAAAGCGGUUAUUAGGAAAUCUAUGGACAUGGCCAGGGCCAGCCCAUCUUAGACGUUGAGAUUUAAUUUCUUGGACUACGUCCAAAGAUAUUAUACACAAAAUACACAUAGAUUUAGCCAGCUCCGAAAAAUAGCGUAACGCGGAACAGUUCGGGUCGGUGGUCUAUCCAUCUCUCUCUACUGGCGCUUAGCUUUCUCUUAGGGUCGUGUUAAGGUCCAAAGAUUCUUCUGGGGUUUUUUCUCUAAAAACAUUUAAGUUUUCUUUCAAUUACUUUGAUCAGAAUUAACAUCGGAAAUUUGGGAAAUUCGGGAAAUUAACGUCGGAAUCGAAAAACUGAAAAACACAUGUUCAAUGUUUUUCAAAGAUCUAUGGACUGACAUCAAAUACGACCCCCCACCUCCACACUCUGGGAGUAGAUUGCUGUAGUAGUUGCUGGGGACAACUUUGAAAUGUUAAAUAGAAACCCUAAUUUUUUAUUGCUGUUUCAAUUCCUCUUAAAGAAAAUAACUAGCUUUUAUUCGGAACAUGUUUUUUCGAAUUCUUGAUAGAUGGCGCUAUAAUCGAAAAAAAAAAACGAUUUAUCCUCAUACCCCUUGGGGCAGGGUGGAGGGGAACUGUAAAAUCCUAAAGAGAAAGAAUCUUGAUCUUUUUAGAUUUUAGACAAAUGUUACUUAUUUUGCAUAUUGAAUGCAAAUCUGCAAUAAAAAAAUGGGGAUUCACAUUUAAGAUUUCAAAGUUGCCCCCAGAUCCAUCCUCGGGGGUAGGAGGUCUUGUUUGGUGUCAUUCGAUAGAUUUUUACACGUGUUUUUCAGUUUUUCAUCCGAUUUUUAUCCGCGAAAUAUUCUACUGUCCCGCUUCUCUUACCACUUCCGGUAAAUCAUAGUAGGUAUAUUACCCUUACUAUGUUACAUUGUUUAACUUACGUUUUUCAAAUUAUAUUCACAACAAAAGGCGAAUAGCAAUUUUUUAUUGUGAAUAACAAGCAAAAACAUCUUUUUAUAAAGUGGUUGUAGAAAAAUUGUUGAUAAUAAAAAUAAUAAUACUGUAGAACAAUAACACUCAGCUUAAUAAAGUACUUUUGACAUGACUUGUAUAGAAUGUGUGAAUUAUACAUAAAUAUUUUAACUUCUUUCUUAUUAACAAAUGGCUCAUUUUCUAUUUUAUGCGAGGACAAAAGUGAAAAAAUGAGUUUUUAAGUUAAAAAUUUGUCAAUGUAGCUUAUUUUUUAUUUGAAUUCGCUUAUCUCAUAAUACUUCCUCCAAUUUUAGAUAAAUUUGUUAGGGUGAUUAACAAACAAAAACGAUCAAAUGUACGUCAGAACGGUAUAAAGUUUAUAAUAAAAUUUUUAUUAAUAAUAGAGAAAAGAACACAAAAAAUUAACAAAGUUUCUGAAAUAUCUCACGAGAGAUGAUAAAAUAAUGGGAAAAAAAUACAACAAAAUAAAUGAUGUAUUAAUAUAUGUAUUUUUCAAUAAUACAGGGUGUAACAAAAAUACAGGUCAUAAAUUUAAUCGCAUAUUCUGGGAUCAAAAAUAAUUCGAUUGAACUUAACUUACCUUAGUAAAAAAGUGCACACAAAAAAAGUUACAGCCCUUUUAAGUUACAAAAUUAAAAUCUAUUUUUUCGAAUGUAUCGAAAACUAUUGGAGAUUUUUUAUUAAAAAUGGACAUGUGGCAUUCUUAUGGCAGUAGCAUCUUAAGAAAAAAUUAUAGUGAAAUUUGGACACCCCAUAAAAAUUUUAUGGGGGUUUUGUUCCUUUAAACACCCCCAAACUUUUGUGUACGUUCAAAUUAAAUUAUUAUUGUAGUACCAUUAGUUAAACACACUGUUUUUAAAACUUUUUGCCUCUUAGUACUUUUUCGAAAAAUCAGUUUUUAUCGAGAUAUUUCGAAUACUUGUCAAAUCCACCACAUAUUUGUAUAUGGUUAAGUACGAUUAUGGAGACUUGGUAAUAAUAUGAACAUCUAUUUAUGAUUUACUUUUUAGGGUUAUUUUGAACCAUAUUAAAAAAGAAGUCACAUCUCGAUAAAAGGUGCCUUUUCGAAAAAAUACAAAGAGGCAAAAAAGAUUUAAAAGCACUGUGUUUAACUAAUGGUACCGCAGUAAUAUUUUAAUUGGAACGUACACAAACAUUUGGGGGGUUUAAAAGAACAAAACCCCCAUAAAAUUUUUAUGUAAACAUAUUGAAAAAUAAGCCUCAACUCGAUAAAAACUGCCUUAUCGAAAAAAUACUAAGGGGCAAAAAAGUUUUAAUAAUCUUGAAUUUAACUAAUAGUACCACAAUAAUAAUUUAAUUGAGAAGUACACAAAAGUUUGGGGGGUGUUUAAGGGAACAAAAUCCCCAUAAAAUGUUAUGGGGUGCACAAAUUUCACUAUAAUUUUUCUUUAAGAUGUUCCUGCCGUAAGAAUGCCACAUGUCCAUUUUCAAUAAAAAAUCUCCAAUAGUUUUCGAUAUAUUCGAAAAAAUCGAUUUUCAUUUUGUAACUUCAAAGGGCUGUAACUCUUUUUAUGUGCAUAUUUGUACUGGGGUAAGUUAGGUUCAUUCGAACUAUUUUUGGUCCCAGAAUAUGUGAUUUCAUUUAUGACCUGUAUUUUUGUUACACCCUGUAUAUUAGCUAUGACACGAUGAAAUCUUGCCCAGAGCCUAGGUUCCUUGUUACCUUCGUAGGUCUGUUAGCGAGCGCCUCUUCAGUGUUCUAUUAACGUGUGGUUGAGGAAUAGAUCAAGUAGAUACUUUUCUUCAAUAUUUGAUCAUUCACAUAAAGUGGUUUCAUGUAAUCGUGCAUUCUUUGAUUCGAGAUGUACCACCGAAUACCCGCCAUCGUGUAAAGGAGCUUGAACCACGAUCUAUGGAUAAUAGUAAAAUUCGAUCAAUUAGUAUAUCUCUAGAGUUUCUUCCCUAAGGAUAGCUUGGACCUUCUACCGUUUAGACAGAAUAAUUCUUUAAUGCUAGCGUUCUUUUUUGUUCCACGUUUUGACCAUGUUAAUCUACUAACCAUAUUAUUAUGUUUUUAGUAUUUGUGGAUAUUGAAUUUGGUUUUAGAAAUGCUAAGGAAACUAGGGAGGCACUUUUUGCACAAAAUAUCCUAUUACAAAAUGUCAUUUGUCAUACCGUAAUAACAAAAAUUUCAUGCCAUGCUUAUUGGAUUUCAAUAAGGCAUUCGAUAAAGUACAACAUGUAAAAUUAAUGAAGAUGCUAAAAAUAUAGGAUUAGUAAGAGUAAAACAAAGAUAGAGAAUUACUAAAGACUGUUUAAAGCCGUAAAAUAGGUUGUAUGAGACGUGUAUUGAGGGGAAGUCGAUGUCAAAUGCCGCAACUGAUUCUUAAAUAGAAGGUUAAAGAGGUAUAGGAUAAAAGCUUCUUGGCUUUCACUUCAAAACAAUUCGUGAAUGUACUCAGCUACUAAAUGCAGGAAAUUAUUCCAUAUGACAGAAGAUCUAAAAGCCUUUGCAAUGGUGAUUGCCGAUAAUUCUGAUAUGGCAUAUGAAAAAAAAGUUAAUCGUAUUAUCAAUACUGCUGUGGUGUAGUUUUGAACAUUACAUUUUCCUUAGAGUAAAGUUUAUUUGGACUCUCUUGAAUUCGUUAACAUUUAUUAUUUAUUUGCGAAAUCAUGCUUGAUAAAUUUAUAGGAGACCGAUAUUUGAACUGAAUGUAGCAAGGUUGUUUUGUUUAAUACAUUUUGUUUUAAUCAACUGUUUUAAACAUGUUUUAAACAUGUGUAUAUGUUUAAAACACUUUUGUUUAAAACACUUAAAUUAAACAAGCGUUUUUUUUUGUUUUCUUUGUGAAUAUAAUACAUAAAUAUGAAAAAAAAUCUCAAAUACAUAUUAUUAUACAGACUUUUUAACAAAUAUAUUACUUAUUUAUUAAUAAUGGGAACACAACAAAAAUUGAAAAACUUCAAAACAUUUUGUUUACAAGAGUUAAUAAAUUUCUCAAACUGUUUCAGUCUCUAUAGUCUCACUUUCUAUAGUAAUUAUGUAAUCUAAGUCAUUAAUCUGAUUAACCACGUGAUCACUUAUAGAAAUAAACUCUUUAACAAUUGAAACCAACGUAGCUGCUUUGACAUUGCCUAGCCGAUUACAUAGUUUGGAAUUGUCUAAAGCACAUGAUGAGAAGAGUUUUUUAUGUUUGAUGACCAUAGAACGCCACCAUGCCAAUGAUGUCUUACAUUCUCAAUUAGAUGUUUAGAAAACAUAUUAUAUGGUUUAAAAAUUACACACUUUGCCUGGUAUUUAGUAAUAAUAGUUGGCAAUGCUUCUGGAUAAAAGUUUCUACAUAUUCCGUGCCAGUUUGUUUGCUCUUGACUAAAUUUAUUUCCACUAAAGUAAAAUUUGUCAAAAAUGAGCCGGGAUCAAAGCCAUUUUCAUAAGAUCCUUAACUUUAUUCGUAUAAUUUACCAAAAAUUUGCCAUUUGCUUGUUCAGUCUCGAAUGCUUCCAGAAGUUCUAGCCAUAUCUCUGUAGACUCUUCUGUUUAGUGCAAGUAUUUGUUUGGACUUUGUCCCUGCAAUAUACUUUAAUUUUUAUAAAUACCUAGUCUAAGGCAUUUAUCUUUAAAUUUGUAUCAUUACAAGCUUUAUUACAUCUUUAUCAAUACUUAUUCUAUUGACCACAAAACAAACGUGAAAUAAUAUUAGCCAGUUUUUCAACUAACUUUCUAAGCAUUCCGAUAAAGUAUUCCAACGAACAUCCUGAUGAAAUAAAAGAGCAGAAUCACCAGUUUCUCUGAAUGUUGCGCUAGCAAAAUAUACAUUUCUAAAAUAUUUGCAAUUUUUUUAUACUACUCUUUAUUCCUGAAACUUCUAUUAUCUUGGGCAAGUAAGUUCAAUAUAUGGGCUAAACAGCCAUAAGUUAUUAUAUGUAUCUGUGCAGUUCCUCAAACAGACCCUUCUCAUUUUAAGAAAAUAUGAUUUAAACAAUGUUUUUUUCUGCGUUUUAUUUGUUUAAAACAUGUAAUAUAAAUACAAAAAAAAAACAUGUUUAAAACGGAAAAUAACGUUUGUUUUGUAUAAAAUAAAAAAACAUGUUUUAUUUUCAACCCUGGAAUGUAGGAUCAUCAGCAAUUCACGAUGAUGGAUUGAUGGUCCAAGAACAAUUUGCUUCUUCGCUUCGGCUAUUUAUAGAGGAAUUUCCUUGUUUCUGAUAUUGAAAUAAUUGCUGUAUGCAUUCCUUCCGUACUUCAAGUACGCGAAUCUUAAAUCAAUAUUUGUUAAUGCAUCAUCCGCAAUUUGGCCCUGAUUUACCACCAAAUGACUUUUUUUUAUUUCCGUCUAUAAAAACUAAAUGGCAGGGUCGUUUAUGAACGCCGCAAGUACCGGUAGAAAUAUUGAUAAAGCACAUUCAAGUUACCUCCAAAUAAUAAAUUGCAAUAUUUAUUUAACAUCUUUAAAUGAUAAAACCUUGUUGCAAGACGUAAAUUCCUUAUCUUUUAUGAUGAUUAUGCAAUGUCUUCAAUCAUAAAACAUGAAAGAUUACAUUCGAAGAUACUAAUUAUGUUAAAUAUGUGUAAUAUUGCGAAAAGUUUUUAUGAAGCUCUUAAACUUGUAUGCAUUCUUUUAUUUAUUUCAUAUUUUUAUAUGAAAAUAUGAAUUUUCUUGCAGACAGUUAAAUUAUUGUUAACAUAACCUUAAUUUUAUUUAUACUCUUUUUAUAAAUAAAAUGUAAGAUGAGACAUAUUUUUAAAAUGGUCAUUUUAAUUUGUACUAAAUAGACAGAUUCAAUGAGGUAGUUAUUUGCCUAUUCCACUGCAGCUUUCCAGAUCUACUGUGUAGGGCAGUCAAUGAGAGCAAGAACAGGUUAUUACCUCCGAAUUCUAUCCUACUGCAUGGAUUUUAAUGAAAUUUUAGGAAUAGCCUGAAAAUAUCUCCUUAUUCAAAGUCUACCCUAUGCCGAUGUGUGCUUUUGUCUUGGGGGCGGUUCCCACCCCUUCUUGGGGUCCGAAAAUUUUUUGGUUAAACAACUACGGAAGUUGCUAGAGAACCCAAUUCUAAGCAAAAACUGUUCUAUAAUUUUUUUUUCGAAAACUCAAUACUUUUUGAAUUAUUCGUGGUUGAAAAUUGGCAAUUUUCAUUGAAAUAUAGCCCCUUUUCAAACGGUUUUUUGCGAAUACCUUAAAAACAAUGCAUCUAACUAAAAAAAUUAUAUAAAACAUUUUUGUAGCUCAUAAAAUAACAAAGAGAUUUGUUCCUUCUUAAAUCUUCUAGUUAUAACACAAAAAGAGAUAUGGUAGGUAAAAAGAGUUUGUUUUUUUUGGUGCAUGCUCAAAGCAGUGUAUUCAACUUGAAAUAACAGAGAAACAGUCGAUUUUAUGUAUAUAAUGCUACCAAUACUUUUUAUUGUGCUUGAAAAGUCCUUUUAAAUAAGCAAUAUUAAUGUCGAUUACAUUCAAACUAAGCGAGAUAUGCUGCAAAAAAUUGAUGACUAACGAAUUUUAAGAAAAAAAUUGAAAAGUAUAUUUAACUCCUAACCCACAAGAAUUUAAAUGCAUCGUUUUCCUUCUACAAUACAUUUUACUACAGUGUCAUUUUUAUGUUCAAAAAGUUGAGCGGGUUUAAAAUGAAUGGUUUUUGAAAAAAAUAAGAUCAAAUUAUAGAGCGCAUAUUUAAAUUUUCUUAAAAAUCUUCUUUUUCCCCAUGUAACUUGAAAAAGAUAAGAGAUACUGUUAUAAAAAAUAAAAUCAAAAUGUUUAUCUAUGUAUUUUUUGUAUGGCAUCUUUUUUUGUAUGGCAUCUUUUUUUUUUUGGCAUCCCUUAUCAUUUUCGAGUUACAUGGAGAAAAAGGAAGAUUUUUAAGGAAAUUUAAAAAUGCGCUCAAUAAUUUGAUCUUAUUUUUUUUCAAAAACCAUUCAUUUUAAACCCGCCCAACUUUUUGAACAUGAAAAUAACACUAUAGUAAAAUUUAUUGUAGAAGGAAAACGAUGCAUUCGCAUAGUUUGAAUGUAAUCGACAUUUAGUAUUGCUUAUUUUAAAGGUCUUUUCAAGCACAACAAAAGUUAUUGGUAGCAUUAUACACCUAAAAUCGACCGUUUCUCUGUUAUUUCAAGUUAAAUACACUGAUUUGAGCAUGCACCAAGAAAACAAGUUUUUUUCACUUACCGUAUCACAUUUUGUGUUAUAACUACAAGAUUCAUAAAGGAAAGAAUCUCUUUGUGAUUUUAUAAGCUAUAAAAAUGUUUUAUAUAGUUUUUUUAGUUAGAUGCAUAGUUUUUAAGGUAUUCGCAAAAAACCGUUUGAAAAGGUGUUAUGUUUCAAUGAAAAUGGCCAAUUUUCAGCCAGGAAUAACUCAAAAAUAUUGAGUUUUCGAAAAAAAAUUAUUAGAACAGUUUUUGCUUAGUAUUAGGUUCUCUAGCAACUUCCGUAGUUAUUUAAGCAAAAAAUUUUCCACCCCCGAGAAGGGGUGGGAACCACCCCCAAGACAAAAGCACACAUCGGCAUAGGGUAGACUUUGUUUCUUGGGCUAUUCCCUAUUUACUGUGAAAAUAUCAUAUAAAUCGAUAUAGUAGGAUAGAAUUCGGAGCCACAUAUCCUCAUUGACUGCCCUAGUGGUCCUCUAGCCCUAGAUCAUAUUCUCUAGCCUGAUCCUUUUUACAUAGUCUAAUAACUUCAAGACCGAACCUUCCAUGUAGCUCUUUGUGACUUUUCUUCUCCUAAUACAAAGAACCUAAUGAUAGGAUCAGUAUAGGUCAUCAUCAGCUUCAACUGCCGAUUGAGCUUACAGUGUCGUUAGCAGACCUACUAUGGCUUUAACUGUUUUCCUAUCUUUGCUUAUUAGGUCUGCCGUAAUUUUUGGUGAAUGUUCUGUGAUAAAAUAUUUCGUCUGUCUUUGUUCUUGUAAAUUCCUGCACCAUUCCAUAGAUUUGUAAGCUACCCACUUUCUUGUAGCCAUUCUUGUUACAACCUUUGCAACGACACAGAAGGGUUCCGGACCAACGAAUAACAUUGAUGAGCCUUGUUUGACCAUUUCAUCUGCUGUUUCAUUGCCCUCAUGACCCUCGUGCCCCGGUACCCAGGCUACUGUCUUCUUGCUACGGUCUCCUAGUUUAUUUAGAUCACAUCCGACGAAUCUGUCUGACCAAAUUCGGAAAUUCAAUCAACGCUAUAAGAGAUAAAAAUCGUGCAAGUGCUACUCUCUGAACUUAUCACAGAAUAAGGCAAAUUUUCUUGGCCUUAUUUUUGAAACUAUUAUAAGUUUUUUACACUUGUAAUUAUAAUGUUUAGUUAUAUUGAUUUCCUUCCUUGUGUUAUCCAUGAAAAUGGUCUGCUUACGUAUAAGUACUAUUUCCUGUCGUUGACAGCGUUGUUUCACGUAAGUUGAGAUAUUACCAUUUGAAUCCGUGAGCAAGUUUUAUUAAUUUUGAUUUAAGUUUUUUAUUAGGAUUAGAUCGCAGUGUUUUCUAAAUGCAGUCGACUUCUUUACAGGAUUUUUAAAGUCUUGAUUAUUUAGCCUGUUGGAUUUUGCUCCGAAUUAAUUGAAUCUUUUCACACUACAAAGCAGAAUCUUUAUUCUUGAACUUUCUUCGUUUUCCCAUUAGAUGCUGUAGGUCUUGAUUAAUUCAUUGCGUUUAGCUGUUCUUUUUGUUUUAGGUAGUAUUGUUUCUGUUUCGACACAAUAACGACACAUAAAUAGUUAAUAAAUAAAACAUUUUUCAGUUAGAUAAUAAAUUAAUAAAUAAAUAAACCAAAAAUGAAUAACCAUUUUCAAUUUCGUUGCAACACGAAACUACAGCCGCAUCAUUAUUCCAGUUCAAUCAAAGAGUGCAGCAAGCACCCGUACCGGUUUCGAAACUUAUUAGUCUCUCAUCAGGAGGGACAUAUGCUACUCUCUCUGACCCAACUAGGAGAAACCCCGGCGUGCAGUCACGGAUUCAACAAACGAAAUGGCAGGGAUGCCCUAGAGGCAACUGCUAUCAAAAAACUAAGUUUUCAAUCUAAUAGCACAUAAAACAACAUCCAAAAAGGUUAUUCUACAUUCUACCAAACUGAAAAUAAUGGGAACCUUCUCUGGUGACACAUCCGAGGCUUCUACAAUUUGCAAGCCAUAACGGAUGCUGAGACUAAGGAAGAUGAGGGAAUUUUACAAUUUGUAAUUCACCUCCCAUCUGCUCAGCGUGGUAAAGUUCCAACGAGAAUGGUUCCCUUCGUACUCCAAUCGGAGUAAACAUGUAAACCAAAAAAGAAUAACCAUUUUCAAUUUCGUUGCAACACGAAACUACAGCCGCAUCAUUAUUCCAGUUCAAUCAGAGAGUGCAGCAAGCACCUCUACUGGUUUCGAAACUUAUUAGUCUUCAAUCUAAUAGCACAUAAAACAACAUCCAAAAAUGUUAUUCUACAUGCUACCAGACUGAAAAUAAUGGGAACCUUCUCUGGUAACACCUCCGAGGCUUCUACAAUUUGCAAGCCAUAACGGAUACUGAGACUAAGGAAGAUGAGGGAAUUUUACAAUUUAUAAUUCACGCCCCAUCUGCUCAGCGCGGUAAAGUUCCAACGAGAAUGGUUCCCUUCGUACUCCAAUCGGAGUAAACAUGUAAACCAAAAAUGAAUAAUCAUUUUCAAUUUCGUUGCAACACGUUUUUUUAAUAAAUAAAUAAAUUUGUUUAUUAACUGGGCUAUAUAGACAUUCUCCUACUUUCUGUAUUUUACUCCUGAGCAAAAUUCAUGUUUUUUUAUCAAGGAUAGUAGGUUUUCGCGUCAUAUAAUACCGAACUCUUUUUUAAGAUACAUUAAUUAUAAUAUUAGCAAAACUAACAAAAAAUUAAUCUUAUGACAUGUCAGUCCAAUACAAAUAAAAAAAGAUUUUUUAACUAAAAAAAAAUUAGAAACAACUAUAGCGUGUAUAAAUUAGGUACAUAUUAGGUACUAUAGAUGCCAUAAACUUAAAAAAAUCUCAAGGAAAAUGAAUCUAUUUAGUGGUAAACGUUUUAAAAAUGCAAGUGAUACGAUUUAAAAGCGAUAAAAAGUGAUCAAGGUUAGGAAGGUUGUUUGUUGGUUGGCUAACCUAGAAAUCAAAAAAGCCAUGGUCUCAUCAGAUAUGCUGUAUGAAUGGACUGAAGGAAAAUGAUAUAAACCGGAUAUGUAUUAUUAAACGAAGUUAUACAACGUGCAAAGGACACAAUAAAAAAUAGUUUGUAACAGAAAAAUGUCUUUCUCGGGUUUCAUACAUUUUAUUUAGUUUGGGACGUUCAUUUUACAUUCAGUUUUUGAUACACGAUACACAUGCUUAAUUCUAUAGUUUCUGUUGGUUUAUUUAGUCCUAUAAUCUUUAAAAGUUGUUUUCUCUGUUUUGUAUUUUCUUUCUUUUGUAUAUUCUUCUCUUCCCCCUUAGCAUCAUCAUAUAUUCUUUUGCUUGUCGUUUGUCGUGUCCUACAUCAUGGCAACAACCUAAUAGCAAUGCUAUAUUUCUUUUAUCUAAAUCUUUAGGCAAUUUGAGAAUAUCAGGCAACGCUACUUACUAUCCGUAUUUGCAAAUGACAAAAAAUGCGAUUUUUGAAAAACUGGCCAUUUUUAAACAGCUAUAUCUUCGAAUAUAAAUGGAUUUUAAUCUACAAAUAAUGCUCGUUUGAAAGCUAUUUAAAAACCCGUGCAUUUGCCGGUUUCUAGAUUGUUUUGUCGUUUAGUUAAAUUUUGGAAAUUAGUUGAAAAUUAUAAAAUGUAAGUUUUCUUUUCGGUCUUAACAUAUAAAAUAAAACGUAUCUUUUUUGAUUUUGCAAAUUAUUUCAUCAAAAUGUUGAUAUUAUAGCAAGCAAAAUGAGACCUUGUGUGCUAAAAUCGGUCCACAGGGCUCAGAUAUAUCUCUCUCUUGUCGUUUCCCCAUUACUGAGGAUCGUGAUUUCUUCCAAUAUUCCUAACAAUGUUUGUUCAUUGGACUCUAGAUCUUCAGCUGCUCUAAGAGCUUCGCAGAAUAAGUUUCCAGUUGAAUUCUUAAUUUGGUCAGACCAUCCAGUUGGUGAUCGUCCUCUUGAUCUUCUCCCCGGAACGUUUCCAGAAACAACUAAUCUGUUCAAACUGUCGUCACCUCUGCGAACCACGUGACCAAAGAAUUGCAGUAUUCGUUGCAGACAUAUUGUGGACUUUCUUAAUCUUGAGUUGGUUUAGAAUGGAAACGUUUGUCCUAUGAGCUGUCCAAGGUAUGCGCAGCAUUCUUCUCCAGCACCACAUCUCAAAGGCAUCAAUUUUUUGGCGCUCGCAUGCGCGAAGAGUCCAAGUCUCUGCUCCGUAUAGAAAUAUUGAGAAUACAAUGGCAUUCACCAGUCUCAUCUUGAUAUUUUGAGAGAUAGAUCUAUCUUUACAAGCUUUAGUUAGGCGACUCAUCGCAUUUUUUGCCAUACCAAUACGUCUCCGAACUUCUGCUUCACAGUUACCAUCUUUAGUUAUACUAGAUCCGAAAUAGACAAAGAUGUUUAUUACUAUCUGGUAUUCUUGUAACAUGUUAGUCAGUUGAAUAGUGUCGAAUCUGUCGACCACCAUUAUUUUUGUCUUAGCUUUAUUGAUUUUUAGAUCAACUUUAUUGCUUUCAAAAUCCACAAGGAAAGAAAAGUUUUCCUGUAGUUGGCUGUAUACCAUCAAUCACAAAAAUUGGAAUAAAUCCUUUGUAAAAGGUAUAAAAUUUAUUAAAAUCCCUAAAGGGCUACAUCAGAACAAAACGUUUUCGAUUUUAUUACAAAAUCAUCAUCAGUGUAAGACCUAAAAGUAAGUAUAACCUAUUUUAUUAAUGUAAAAUUGAUAUUUAAAUUCUGACUAAGGUUUAAAAUGAGUGGUUAUACUCACAGUCUGGAUGCUAGCUGAGCCACCAAAGAAAUAUAGGGGGGGUAUAGGGGUAAUAACCCUAGGGGUUAUUACCCCUAUAUUUCUUUGGUGGCUCAGCUAGCAUCCAGACUGUGAGUAUAACCACUCAUUUUAAACCUUAGUCAGAAUUUAAAUAUCAAUUUUACAUUAAUAAAAUAGGUUAUACUUACUUUUAGGUCUUACACUGAUGAUGAUUUUGUAAUAAAAUCGAAAACGUUUUGUUCUGAUGUAGCCCUUUAGGGAUUUUAAUAAAUUUUAUACCUUUUACAAAGGAUUUAUUCCAAUUUUUAUUGCUUUCGUACUCAACUCUUCACAGGAGAUCAAACAUUUCUUGCUCAUUUGCUGCUAUAAGUGUAGUGUCAUCAGCAAAUCUUAAAUUGGAGAUUUUCCUACCAGCUACUGUUACUCCACCGGCCCAUCUUUCUAAAACCAUCCUCAUGACAUGUUCACCAUAAAUGUUAAAUAAGUCAGGUGACAACACGCAUCCUUGUCUAAUACCUCUCUCGGUCUUGAAUUGGUUUGAGUGAGAACUUAUGAUCUAGUCGUACUGUCGCUAUAUUGGACUGGUACAGAUUUUUAAUAAGUGUCACCAGGUGCAUUGGUGCCAGGCGCGGAUCUAAGGGGGGGUCAAUGGAGUCAAUUGCCCCCUCCUUGAGACCUCGCCUGGUGUCUACUGACACUGUUUUUAAGAAAGAGAUUACGAUUGAACAUAAAUAGUGAAUUUGAUGUCCUGUUGAUAACUGAAUAACUGAAACAUAAAUAUGGCAGAAUUCCUUAGAAAUGAAAAUUAUUAAAAGUUUUUGGAACAUAAUAACUGAAAAAGUCCCACAAUAAAUCUAUUUAUUGUCAUCUAUUCAAUUCAAUGCCAGAGAAAAGAUAAAAAUAAUAAUUGCUGGUGCUAUGUUAUGGUAAUUUGAUCAUAUAAUAAAACCCCCCGAAUAAGAGCCGCUUUUAGAAGGAUGUCCAAAGUAUUAUGUAACAGUAACAGAGACCUAAACUUGGCAUUAAGGACCCGACUACUUCGCUGCUACGUGUUCUCGGUCUUACUGUAUGGUGUCGAGUCUUGAACUGUGAAUAAAAUCGAUCUAAAUCGCCUUGAGGCUCUCAAAAUGUAGUGCAAUAGAAGAAUUUUAAAAGUUUCCUGGGUAGAGAAGAUUCGAAACUCCACAAUACUAGAAUGUUUCAGUAAGACUACUGCGAUUAUAAGAAGCAUCAAAAGAGAUAGCUGGAUUAUUUCUGACAUUUAAUGAGAGGUCCCAAAUAUAGGUUGCUACAAAAUAUUAUUCAAGUGAAAAUAGCAGGCAAACGCAGUCCAGGACGAAGAAGAACUUUAUGGUUGAUUUAGGGUAGCAAUAAAUAAAAUUAAGGUACCUAUGAUGGUAACCAACGUUCUGAAAGGACAUGGUACAUGAAGAAUAAGAAAAUAACAGCCCAUCCCGAAAAAGAAUCCUGCGUACGCCAGUCACGAGAAAAAUUUUAUUUCAUUGCCCCCACCUUGCAAGGUUGCUGGAUCCGCCGUUGAUUGGUGCGCCCAUUUCUAUUAAAAUUGACCACAUAUUUAUCCAGCUUACACAAGCAAAUGCCUUUUGGUAGUCAACGAAGCAUAUAAUCAUAGGUACUUGAAAUUCUCUAGACUUUACAAUGCGUUGUUUAAGGUUCAGGAUUUGUUCCCUUGUACCUCUACCAUUUACAAACCCCGCUUGUUCCUGAGGCAUUUGGUAAUGUAGAUAGGUUUUUAAUCUGUUUUUGAUGAUGUGUAACAAGAUUUUACUAGCAUGUGUUAUUAGUGACAGCUGAAUUCCAAACAGCGACACAGAUAGAACGAAUGAUAUGUAAUCCUUUGUCACCUAGUACCUAACUGUAGUAUUUCACAUGGUAUUGAAUCAAUGCCUGGGGAUUUAUUUCUCUUUAGUGAUUUAAUUGCGUCUUUGACUUCAGAGAGUAAGACAGUAGGUUCUCUAGGGUAGUCAGAGGGCCACUGAUUUUCUGUUGAUACCUCGUUAUUUUUAUAUAGCUCUCCACAGUAGUUUCGCCAUGUUUCCAAUAUUUUUUAUAGCAGAUUUCUCAGAUAUAUAGCCCUUCAAAUAUCGGGUAAAAAGGUAUCUUUUUUGACCCGUUGACCCACCUUCACCCUACAAUAGUGAUGGUAAAUGAAAAAUAUUGCUCGUAUAUUAAAUAAUAUAAAUAAUCUCCACGCCUAUUUUUACUGUUGAUAAUGAAGGUGCAGACUUCUUAUACACUUUCACCAACUUUGGAUUAAUUUUUGCUAGCGGUAAACUAUUCAAAACGAAGAAUUUUAUGACGGAACGGUAUUCCAGUAUAUUCAUUUUGUCACAAGACAUAUAAACAACACGAUUAUUUUAAACAGCUGUGUAAACGUAACCAUACGAAAAAAACUUCGUCUGAUGAAAUUCACAUUUGGUAUUUGCUUACUUUUGUAAAAGUAUGCCAUUUUCUCACACUCGGGUUCAGAGAUAUUUUCGUGUCAGACUCAGUCGUUCCUGUCUUAACCUUUCACAUUCCAGUUAGUAAAAUAUUAUGUUGAUGGUAACAUUUUCGCUGUGCCAAUUGAACAAACUAAUGAAUUGGUUUCAAUGUAUGAAUUUCGGUUCGUUCGAAGAUUCAGUUUACAGUAGAGGCUAGAAACAAAACAUGAUCUCUUUUGGUUGAUGAUCUUGGUUCCUUCGCUAGACAUGAGAAUCAUUGUACUUAGUAGAGGAUCCGAUAUGUUUAAUGGAUAAAAAGUUAGCAAUUACAAAAAACAAGGGUUGGCCGAUCUAAUCUUGUUCUAACUAUAAUUAGGUAAUUAAUAAUUUAAAAAUUGCAUUUUUUUUAUGAAUUAAAAAAAAAUCGACCCGGGCUGAUAUUAUUAAGAUUGUUUGGAUCAUUCUAAACAAAAAAUGUAUUUUGUAAUUUUUCUCUAAAGUUGAUCGUUUUCGGGUUAUAAACAAUUAUUUAAAACUGAAAAAAGAACGAACGAUGACAAUUUUCAAGGCUCAAAAACACAAGUAAAAAAUAUCAUUUUUGUAAUCAUCAAGUAUAGUCCUGUCGCCAGGGGGGGUACAACGGCCUCCUUAAUUCAGAUGGACUUACCCAAGUUUUUUUUAUAUAUUUUGACCCGUAGAAUACGAAUUUUUUGGGUAACAGUUGAUCCGGAUGUCGAUAAGAUUGUUAUAGACAAAGAACUUGAGGAAUUACAUAACAGCGAUUUCUCGCAAAACAAAACAUCUUUUUGUAUUUUUUGGGUCAUUUUAAGCAAAAAAUAUUCCUACAAGUUUUUUCGUAGAAUGCAUAGUUUUCGGGAUAACCGCGGUUGAACUUCCAAAAAAUCGAAAAAUUGUAAUUUUUGAACCCUAAUAACUUUUGAUUAAAAAAUAAAGUAGCUAUUCUGCUUACCGCAUUUGAAAGUCUAAGUCAAAUUAUAUCGGUUUUGAUUAUUUGCAUUGCUAAAAAUUUAUUAUUUUAUUGUUAAACAAAGCUAUAAACACCUAGUAUGUGAGUGAUGUUUUCUAUGAUUUCUCACUUAAAAUCGAAGAGUAGGUAGAGUAGAUACAAGUGCAAGCGAGGCAAUUUCUACGUAGCAUGCGUUAAAACAUAUGUAUUAGGCACGGGAAACACUAUGUGUUUAUAGAUUAGUUUAACAAUAAAAAAAUUAAUUUUUAGCAAUGCAAAUAAUCAAAACCGAUAUAAUUUGACUUAAACUUUCAAAUGCGGUAAGCAGAAUUGCUACUUUAUUUUUUAAUCAAAAGUUAUUCGGGUUCAUAAAUUGAAAUUUUUCGAUUUUUUGAAAGUUCAACCGCGAUUAUCUCGAAAACUAUGCAUUCUACGAAAAAACUUGUAGAAAUAUUUUUUGCUUAAAAUGACCCAAAAAAUACAAAAAGAUGUUUUGUUUUGCGAGAAAUCGCUGUUAUGUAAUUCCUCAAGUUCUUUGUCUAUAACAAUCUUAUCGACAUCCUGAUCAACUGUUACCCAAAAAAUUCGUAUUCUACGGGUCAAAAUAUAUAAAAAAACUUGGGUAAGUCCAUCUGAAUUAAGGAGGCCGUUGUACCCCCCCUGGCGACAGGACUAGUACAUAAAUUCAAGUUUAAACCUUUUUCUGUCAGGUCUCGAUAAGAAUUUUAGCCAUGUUUUAUUCUAAAACAUAUUUUUUUAAUUGUUAAUGAGGAAAGUUUCUUAUGGGGAGACGGGCAUUAACAACUAAAGAACAAUGUUUCAGAAUGAAAUAAAUCCAAAAGACUUAUCAAGAACUGAUAGAAUAAGGUUUGAACUUGAAUUUAGGUACUUCGUAAUUUUAAAAAUGAUAUUCUAUACUUACGAUUUUGAGCCUUGAAAAUCGUCAUCUUUCCUUCUUUUUUCAGUUUUAAAUUGUUUAUAUCUAGAAAACGAUCAACUUUAGAGAAAAAUUACAACAGACCUUUUUUGUUUAGAAUGACCUAAAAAAUCUGAAAUAAUAUCUGCCGGGUCAAAUUUUUUUUUAAUUUAUAAAAAAAAUGUCAUUUUUUAAUUAUUAAUUAAUUAUAGUUAGAACAAGAUUAGAUCGGGCAACCCUAGUUUUUUGUAAUUGUUAACAUUCUAAAUUACAUAUCCAAUAAUUUUUAUCCAUUAAACAGAUCGGUGCAAAUCGACCUUAUAUCGCAUCUUAGGGAUGAAUAUAACUUUAUCAAAAUUUAUUGAUAUAAAAAUCAUUCUGGUAGGUGCUUAAACUGUUAUUAGUACCAAAAAAUUGUUAUUUUUUAUUCAUAGGGGCAGUACUAUUCAAAUUUUUUGUGAAAUAAGAUUAACGCGAAAUACACAAUUUUCCAUCAUGUCGUAAAACGUUAUGUAGUAAACAUGUCCUUAUUUAACAGCUAGGUACACGAAAAUUUUAAACUAAACAAAUAGAGGAAAUAAUAUCUAACGUAGUACCGUUAUUGUACCGGUAGUACUACAUUGAGAAAAAAAUAGAACUCAUUUUUUCACUGCUAGAUGUAAAACUUUGCAUCAUGCCCCCGUAGUAAACAACGAUGUAUACUAAUAAAAUUUGUAAAAAUAUUCGGUAUAUAUUUUUUAUUUUCGAUUUACUUUCUUUUUAAAAAGGAAGAAAAAUUUUGUAUAAAAGUUGUGUGGUCACUCUGUGCAAUAGGGCUUUUCAUCGAUUGUCAUUUGUUUCGAGCCUCUGUCAUAUGUUGUAUAAUCCGUGUAUAAUAUUAAUAUGCACGGAUUAUACGAAAUAUGACAGAAGCUCGAAACAAAUUACUGUUGUUGAAAAGCCUUAUUCGCAUUUGCCUUAAAAAUAGUAAAUAUGACUUCUUUUUAUUGUGUAAAUGUACAGGUGGAGAGAUGUACCAUGGAGCUUGGAUCAAAAAUUAUCUGUAUAUAUGUAAAAUUUUAUUCAAUAUAAUUUUUAGUUGUAAAA